AUGUUUUCUGCAACGAGACGGAGGGUCUUGGACGGACUGAAUAGUAGAUACAUCUACGGCCGUCUGCCUUUGCUGCACACCAUAGUCUUUCUAGUCGAGAUGGCGGUUACUAUGCGGCUUGCUUCCAAGUUCAACUCGUAUUAUGCGGAUAGACCAGUAUUGACUACGAUGGUCACCAACGCUGUGCUUGGUGGAGUAGCAGAUACCGUUGCACAGCUGAUCACAGCAUUCAAAACCCAAAGACACAAGAGAUCACGGAGUACUUCAGACGAUUUCUUUUCAAUAGAGAUUCAUGAGUUGGAUAAGGAGAGGCCGCCGGCGUUGGGGGAGUUGGGAUAUGCAAGCGAUAGACCGCCUGCUUUCGAUUUCGAGCGCCUUACUCGAUUUAUGUCGUACGGAUUUUUCAUGGCACCUGUUCAAUUCCAGUGGUUUAAAUUUCUGUCGAGGACGUUCCCACUCACUAAGAACAGCCCUACUAUUCCUGCACUGAAGAGGGUGGCUGUAGACCAGUUGAUGUUCGCGCCUUUUGGCCUGGUUUGCUUUUUCACAUUCAUGACUGUCGCUGAGGGGGGAGACAGGAGGAUGUUGUUCCGCAAGUUCCAAGACGUGUACUUGCCGACGCUCAGGGCCAACUUUGUGCUUUGGCCUGCGGUCCAAAUUUUGAACUUCCGCGUAGUUCCCCUUCAGUUCCAAAUUCCGUUUGUUUCGACGGUUGGGAUUGCUUGGACCGCAUAUCUCUCUCUCACCAACUCUGCUGAGGAGUCAAACUAG